AGAGGGGGGGAGAGGUGGAGCUCUGCUAUCAGAGCUGUGAUGAAGUCCUUGAACGCAUCGCGAUCAAAAGUACCAGCAGAGCGCUGAGUGACAGUCCUGCUCCACGGUAGCAGCUCCGCGCCAGAGAAACCAGAGCAGAGCAGAGCCGAGCCGAGCCGAGCGAGGCAGGGGUGGGGGGACAGGCACAGAGACCGCGUGCAGCAGGAUGGGCUCCGCGCACCGCGAUGUGCAGUAAUUGGGAUUAAACCUACCGGACGGCGCUUGGAAACACUCACAGCAGCAGCAACAGCAGUAGUAAUAGUAGUAGUAGUAGUAGUGGAGAGCAGGGGGAGCUCCGCCGCAUGUGCUCCUCUGUGUGCGCCUGAAAGAACUUGUUUUGCUCCGUGCGCUGGGCAAAAAUCGACCCCCUCCUCCUCCAAAGAAAGAAGCGACCCGGCGGUCAUAAACAAACACGGGUUCAGAUUUAAGCUCCGGGACUCGCAGUUGCAGCAACCCCAAACCGACCUCUGACUCUCCUCUCACAUGCCAGCGCCGGUGUGGGGGAGAGAGGCAGAGGAGAGGAGCCGGGGGAUGUUUGGAUCAGCUCGCUGAACUCGCACAAACACCGACGAGGAAAACGAGAAGUCGCGCUGGUUUUUCACGUGGGGGUUUAAAAUAAAGAGAGAGAGAUCGGAGGGUGUCAUGGAGAGCCAAGCGGGUGAGCAGCACAGCCACGAGGACGUGCGGAAGAGCGGCUACCUCCGCAAGCACAAGUCCAUGCACCGGCGGUACUUUGUGCUCCGUGCCGCCUCGGAGCGCGGUCCGGCCCGCCUGGAGUACUACGAGAGCGAGAAGAAAUUCCGGGGCAAGGCCCCCGUCCCGAAGAAAGUGGUGGCGCUGGAGACCUGCUUCAACAUCAACAAGCGGGCCGACUCCAAGAACAAGCACAUGAUCGUGCUGUACACCCGGGCAGAGAGCUUCGCCGUGGCCGCGGAGAACGAGGCGGACCAGGACGAGUGGUACCAGGCCAUGGUGGAGCUGCAGUGCAGGAGUAAGAAUCCUAAUGACGGUAGCGGUGCAGGAGACUAUGGAGUGCCUAAUCCUGGACCAGCAUUCAAAGAGGUAUGGCAGGUAAAGGUAUGGCCCAAAGGCCUGGGUCAGGCCAAGAACCUGGUUGGCAUCUACCGCCUUUGCCUGACUGACAAGACGGUGAACUUUGUGAAGCUCAACUCUGAUGCUGCCGCCGUGGUGCUGCAGCUGAUGAACGUGAGACGCUGCGGCCAUUCAGAAAACUUCUUCUUCGUUGAGGUGGGACGCUCUGCGGUGACAGGCCCGGGCGAGUUCUGGAUGCAGGUGGAUGAUUCAGUAGUCGCCCAAAACAUGCAUGAAACCUUGCUAGAGGCCAUGAAGGCAUUGAGUGAGGAGUUCCGCCAGCGCAGCAAGUCUCAGUCCAACUCUGGCCCUGGAGGAGGUGCUACUGCUUCUAACCCCAUCAGUGUUCCUUCACGCCGCCACCACCCAAACCCUCCUCCUAGCCAGGUUGGCUUCACCCGCCGGCCCCGAACCGAGCCCCCUGGAGGAACUAACAGUGGAGCACCCAUCAACUGUGCCAACGCUUCUCCCACGCCAAGGCAUAGCUUCCCGAGGUCUCGCACUGCAAGUGAUGGGGGGAAAGGGGAGGACGGGAUAACAGGUGCCACACCGAUCCAUGGGGUGAACUCCAGCCCCUCCACCAAUGGCUCCUGCUCUACCACCCCAAUCCUCAGAUCAAAAUCAGCUCGUUCAGCACCCACCACAACUGCUAAAACUCCUUUAGCGUUGAUGCGCUCUAUCUCGACCCCAGCUCCUUCCCCAGCUCCAAGUCUGUCCUCUAGCUCUGGUCAUGGCUCAGAGUUUGGUGGCUUAACGUCUUGUGCUGGUGCUCCGGGGUCUGGAGCCUACAGUCGUAUCCCCUCUCAUCGAGCCUCUGUCUCAGGCUCACCCAGUGACUACGGAUCCUCAGACGAGUAUGGUUCAAGUCCUGGAGAUCACACGGUCCCACCUUCGCCUAGCCUCCCUGGAAGCUCUGUUGGCAGUGUCAGUAGUCAGUCCCUCAGUGAAGAUGGAGCCAACUAUAUCCUAAUGGGCCAACGUGGUAGCAGUGGUGGUGGCAACAGUAAUCAAGGAAGUGGCUCCCAGCCAACCCCAGGAACACCAACCUCUGGCUCCCAAACUAAAAGAGUUCUACGCCGCUCCUCCAGCCGGGAAUGUGAAGCUGAACGUAGGCUGCUGAGCAAGCGGGCCUCCUUACCUCCUAUGGCCCUGGAAAGGCUGGCUCCACGUCAGCGCAGAGCCGAGGAGCCAGCAGAUGACGAUUCGGCUGAUUACGCUAUCAUGUCAAGAAGCACGAGCCGAGAGUCUUUUACGUCCACCUGCUCUUCUACACAGAAGGAAUCUGCCAUGAGUGCUGGGUCGGCAGGGGGAGGAGGAGGGUACUUGGAUGUGGCAGGAGAGUUUAAAGCUGAAGGCAGUGGAGGAGCAGGUGGUAGUGUAGAUUUAGGCGUGGACAAUGGGUACAUGUCUAUGCUACCUGGAGUUACUCAGCCUCCGACGUCCCUUUCCCAGUCACUGGCCGUUUCGGUCCCCGACUCAGAAUCCAGACCUGCUGAUGAUUACAUGGCCAUGACUCCUAACAACAGCGUGUCUCCUCCACAGCAGAUUCGACCUCCACCAACUUCUGAUGGCUAUAUGAUAAUGUCCCCUAAUAGCAGCUGCUCCCCUGACCAGCGUGGAGGUCUCUCAGGUGGGAUUUGGGUGGGCAGUGACAGUGCAGACAGCAGGCCAGGCAGUGACUAUAUGAACAUGUCUCCAAUUAGUGCACGUUCUGUAAACGGCAGUCCCCCACCUCCUGAGCACUCAUCACAUUUGGAGACCAGUCCACAGCAACAUGGUCCCAAGAUGGUGUACUCUUACUAUUCCCUACCCAGGUCUUAUAAGCAUAGCCCCUCUACUGGACACUUUGAUGAUGGUCCUGGACGAGGAAGAAGGCCCAAUGGGAGUUCUAGGAGGGGAAUGGGUGGCGGUAAACCUAUUAGAGGGCUUCAGGAGCAAGCAGCAGUUGGUAAUGCAGUGGUUGGACGCCACCUGUCUCUCUCGUCUUCAUCGUACUCCUCCAGCUCAGCCAGCAGUGAAAGUCUGGGUGAGAGCGAUGAGCGAACUACCCAGGCUUUGAGUAACGCGACUGGGGGAACUCAGUCCAAGGAUGGGAGUAAGCAGCAGCAGAGAAGGGGCUCUGGUGGGUUGUCCAAGCAGGGUAGCUAUACUAGAAGCAGACCUGUUAGCCUGUUUGUUGACGUAUCCAAAGCUAACACUCUUCCUAGAGUUCGUGAGAACCCUCUGCCACCAGAACCUAAGAGCCCUGGGGAGUAUGUAAGCAUUGAAUUCAAGGGGGAGAAGGGCAAUCCGACUGGGAUAGGACUAGGUCGUGGUAGGGGUCUAAGGCAUGGCUUAUCGCUGCCUCAUGGCUCCAGCAGCCAGCAGCCUCAAAACAAGCCAUCUUCUUCCUUCGGAAACUUUAUACCCCUUUCCCGUAGCCCAUCUGCCCCUAUCACUCCACCAGCUGCCUCUGAGUACGUCAACAUGGACCUGGGCCCUUCUCCAUCACCCUCACCCCUCUCUCUUACCCCGCUGGUUUUCCCCUCUUUCCAUACCCCUCCCACACCCCCAACUCUUGCUCAUGCCCCUAAACCCUGUAAUGAGGAUAAUACUAGACCUCAUGAAGAUGAGGUUGAAGUGGCUGAGGCCCCACUUAGGAAAAACAGAGAAAGCGUUCCAUCAGUGACCAAAUCCGAGUCUCCUACAUCAUGUGGAGACUACACAGAGAUGGCCUUCAGUUUGAAUAACAACCCUGUCCCCCGGUCAUCAUCUAGCGUCUCCCCAAAAGGCCCAUCUCCCACCAGGGAUGAUACAUCUGUGCUGCCACGGGGUCUAGACUUUCCCCUAUCCAAAACAGGACCUAACCCAGACCAGGGAGCUAAAGUUAUCCGGGCUGACCCCCAAGGACGGAGACGGCACUGCUCAGAAACCUUCCUUGCCUCAACUUCCCUCUCCACCUCUACCUCGACUUCUUCCUCAACUGCUUCCCUCUUUCCUGAACACCAGUCUGUAGCCCGCCGGCUGGGCUUUGAAAGCAUGCUGUGGGGGAAUGGUGUUGUGACUGAUUCUCCCACUCAGUUCCCCCUUCCUGGACAGCAAUCUCUUCCCACAAAUGCUCAGACUUCAUCUGCAGAGCAAGGCCUUAACUACAUAGACUUGGAUUUGGCCAACAAGGAGAGCCCCCACGUGGGACUGGAUGGGCCCUCUGGCAGCCAGGCCCCAUCUCGCCUCUUCUCUGUACUGGGUUCUGGUUCUGGGGUGGGGGCAGCAGGUGCAUCAGUCGGCAGCAGUGGCAGCUCCAGUCUGAACACGUACGCCAGCAUUGACUUCUACAAAUCAGAGGAGCUGCGGACGCACCAAAAUGGAAGCAAGGAGGGAACUGAGUGUUGAUGUCGGUGAAUCGUCCCUGGGGAAAACAAAGGCUCCGCCUCUUCAUUUUGUGGCAACCUAUCGCAUCGAGAGAGCAGCUGGAUCGGACACGGUCCUCAAGCACUUUGUCAGAGACUGAUGGAAAACGUCUUUUUUUUUUUUUUUUUUUUUCCUCUUCGCUUUCAUCUAGUUGGUUGUGGAAACCAACAGGGAUGUGUGCCAAAUGACAUUCUUAAAAAGCUAUUUGCUGCUCUCAUUCCUUGAGUGAAACCCGUCAGAGGAGGGUACAAAAAUGGAGAACAGUGUUUUCUUUUUUCUUUUCCUUUUUUUUUCCUAAUUGGAAAAGCUCCAAUUAUAAAGAAUACAACGGUUGAUGAAAAAGAAAAAUGUGUCGAAUUGUACAUCUGCUCAAAAAGUGCCUCAUUUUCAGAUUGUAGCCAUUUUCCAGAGAACUUCAGUGAAGCUUUGUGGGGUGUUUUUUGUUGUUUUUCUUUCCAAGCUUGAUUUAAUGUAGUUAUAAAAACAAAAGUGGGGAGCACUGGUGUGAGCUUUUACUGCAUUCAUGUCAUAAAGUAUGGAAGGUUUGAAGGUUUGCUAUGUGUGCACACAGCGAUCGUCAGUUUUGUGAUUACAGAGUUGCUCCUAUGUGGCUGAAAAACAUUAUAGACACUAUGUCAUUAGGUUUCAGUUCAUAUUCCUUGAUGUGAGUCUUCCAAGAUGGGUAAAAUAAAUAAAAACAUGUUGACAGUUCUAACUGGGAUGUUGAAAUAAAAUGAAACCAGUGGGGGGGGAAAUUGUACACAAUAAAUCUGAUAUGACAUGAACGCAGCAAUUUCACUAAGGCCUCAGAGCCACAGGCCUAGAGACCAGUCGGCAACCUCCUGGCACCUUCUGGUUGCUAGGGAAAAAAAUAGUGUUCCCCAGCGAAUUGUUGCUAGAGGAAAUCACUGCACCAAAAACUGCACCUUCUUGUCACUGCUGUGGUUGCAGGCAGGUUGCUGCAGUCACUUGUAGUUUGCAAAGAAGAUGCAGACUUGUCUGCAAACACUCGCCGCUUACUCUCCCGAGACUGUUCGCCUUCGAAGUAAUUGCUGCAACCAACACAUUUCAAAAGUUGCAGCUUAUUUUGAAGGCCAACAGUUCUCCAUUUCUACUUUUUUCCACUCAUUUCUUACAGUUUCACAGUUGCUUGGCGAAGACAUGGCAAGUGUUAGUGGACAAGUUGUCUUCCGUGUAAGCAACAGGCAACAACAGCAUUUAUUCUUGCAACCUCUAGCAAGCAAAACAAUCGUGAUGUUUUUGAUGCAGCAAUAAAAACACCUUUUUGUGACCAAUUUUGGAAUCGUGUAAUACCCAUUUUUCUUUAGAAAACGAUGGUUGCAACAGGGUCACUAACUAGUCUCCAACCACGCGAGUAUGGAGCUUUUGCAAUCAGUUUCACAGCAACUGUUAGCAGCCUCUAGCAAUGACUUGCAACUGGUUGAGGAAUAAAUAUUUUAACCUGGCGACCAGUAGCUGCCAAAUGGUCGCUGGCAAGACUCUAGGCUUGAGUGACUGAGACCUAAAGUACUAGCAAUCUGCUAGCCUUCCUUUCUACUGUGAGAAAUACUAGCAUAGCUGCUGUUAGCGUACUGUUGAAUAUUUUGUGUCGCUUUUACUUUUCAGAAUUCUAUUUUUCCUCUCCUAUUAUCUUCUUCACUGCAUACUUUCGCUGUUCGGUGAGCCAUAAGUAUUGAGCGCACAGGCCUCAAACAAAAGACACUUUUAGCAGGGAGUACAGUAGCCUGCUAGCUAGUUAAAACCAGCUAGAUCAGAUUAACAUAUUAGCAUCGUGCCAGGGCGUAAAUUCGCCGUCCUGCUGACCACAGCUCAGGGUUAGACCCCAAAUAUACAGCUAAGCAAUCCCAUUAGAGCUACUGGCUCCAGACACUUGUGUCUCACUUAAUCCCCUUCAUCUCAGGAUGCUAAAUAGCAUACAGUGCACACAGCUGAGGACAGAGGCCCUAUCAAUAGCCAUGCUGAUGCUAGCUUUGUAGCCGUCAGCACACUGCUUUUUAGCAGCUGAGCAGGGAUCAGUUCUCAUUUCAUCGGUAUGAAAUAAACUGCAGUUUGUUCACUUGGUUUUUUUUUACACAGCACCAAACAUUUUAAGAGGUGUUUUCACUUUGCUUUGGCCCCGAGUCCUUCUUUUCUGUCUGGCUCUUGCUUCAAUCUCUGCUAUGCAUUAGAACUUAAGUGCCUGUCUGUCCUAUCCGUCUCUCUCUUAGCAGCUAGCACUAAUAUAGAUAUCCUAUCAGAGUAUACUGACUAUUUUUUUUUGUCUCUUAUUGUUUUUUGGGUCUCUUUUGGCUGUACAGUUCUCAUGAAAUAACUUGUUCUGUUUGUGCGGUGUGGCAGCGAUCUAUCCGAUGACUUGACUGAUAGCCGUGGCUCUGAUCCCAGAAGUGUUGGACCUUAAUGGAGGACUAAAUCGCUGCAGUGCCAAAACACAAAAAAACCCGGCUGUUCUCCUCUCGUGACCUUGAGCUCUCAAGUCUGGACACAUUGCUUUGUUUUUGUUUUGGGGGGGGGUGAAAAAAAAAUGUUAAAAAAUGUAACCUUUUAUGUUCUCCCUCCCUUGGUGUUUUCUUUAGCAGCGAGGGGAAAACUGUGACAUAUCUCACCUCGCUGUCUGCUCAUUGUGAAGAUUUGCGUAUGCUUUAACCUUGAAUUUGUGUGUGACUCUGACUGGAGGGUUUAAAAAAAAUACAAGUACACGAAGAGGAAGAAAAGGCCGCCGCACAGAAACAGCAGCAAGAAGGAGAAAAAUAAUAAAUAACUACACAUGUGUGUGUGUGUAGCUGCAAAUUUGGACUCGCGUGUUUGCCCGCCUGCCUCGGGAUGCUCGUGAACUUUUUCCCUCUGGUCACAUGACUUUUGAGGUUGACAGCGUAAAACAAUUGAGCUUUUUUUGAGUGGUAGGAAACUGCGGGUAAUAAAGGAUAGACAUUCAUAAUCGAGAGGGGGAAGAAUAAAAAACAGACUCAUGAACACAUGAAUCUCACGUGUUUACCCACUCCAGACUCGCAGGCAAACACGCGAUAAUGAGUAGAAAUGCUUCUAAUGGUAUUUUUGGAGAUGUUCUCAUAAUGUAACUCAGCAGUUUUCAGCCAAAACACAAAUGCUCGAUGGUACUUUGGAGUUUAGAAAGAGCGCACAAACACAGUUGCUUUCAAUCCUGUCGUUAUUAUCCUGCCCGAGCCUCCCCCACUCCUCAAGCUCUGAGCAUCUGAUGAUUUUAUUCUUUUUUUUAUUUUAUUUUUGCUCCUUAAUGAACGUUUUUACCUUGUCAAACUGCCCGCAGUCUGGAAAACUUCAGCUGCCCGUGGCGACGUACUCGAUUGUCACACCCACAUAUCAUGAACUGAACUCCUUAUGGGAGACGCUCAGGCAGUUUUAAGGUCGGCUGUAUGAUUUUAUUCAUUGCGUUGUUAGCGGAUGUAGACGUGUUCAUUAAAUGUGCAGGAAGGUGCUGCUGCUGCUGCUGUUCUGAAUUGUAUGUAUUCCUCCUGUUCCCCCUGAGGGAUGGUACUGAAUGGGGAAUAUUGUGAGAUUUGCCAUUGAUGUAGACAGUUUUACUUCUAUUGCUUGAGGAAAAACAAAAUCUGACUAAAAAGGAUUAAAAAAAAAGUCAAACAACAAAA